AUGUUAGCAGUUAACACUUAUUUAAGGAAAUUUGGUGAUAAAAUAUCAUAUAUGCCAACUACUAAUUUAAAAAACAUCGCUAUUAAAAAGUUAGAAGAUAAGAACUUAAAAUCUUAUUAUUUAAUUGUCAAUAAUGAGAAUUUAGAUGAGGCUUAUUUUUGUUUUGAGGGAACGGUUAAAGAUGGUUGGGAUAUGAAUAUAUUCUUAGCUAUUUUAAGAGGUUUGAAAUUACCGGUAAAAUUAUUAGCGGGAUUAUUAGCAAAGAGGCGAAAAAAGAGAAGUGAAUUAGAGGAAAAUUGGCAAAGGAGCGUUGGGAGGGAUAAAAAGAAACGAAAGCGUAAGAGAAAGGUCGCUAAAAAACUUAACCAUUCAAAAGUUUAG